AUGCCGCGCCUCACGUUCUCCUCGAGCGACGGCAAGGAUAAGGACGCGAAGCGCAAGUUCGGCGGCGGGAAGAUGCGCGCGUUCCCGACCGGCGCGUCCGUCGUCGGGAAGAUGCGCGCGUUCGGCGACGGCGCCGCGAGGAAGAAGAACGACGGGCCGUCGCGCGUCUCCGUGCUGAGCCGCGUGACGGGCGGGAUCUCCAAAUUCCGAUCCAACACCGAGCGCGUCGUGAGACGCGUGACGACGAACAACGGAAAGUGGAAGCACGACAUGUUCCCCGGGUCGCGCGGCACCGUCGGGGAGAAGCGCGAGAGGAUCGGCGACCUGCGAUCGCGCCUCGGCGGCGGGAAGAGCGACGGGCGCGUCGUCCGCCUCGUCGGCGGCGGCGUCGGCGGCGGCGCGUCUCGCGGGGACUUGCGGAACACGCUCGGAGGCGCCCCGAGAGGGAGGUCCGGGAGCGGGCAAGAGCAGGUCGCGAGCUUCCUUCGCGGGUUAGACCUCGGGAAGUACGUCGGCGUGUUCAAGUCCCAGGAGAUCGACGUCUCCGCACUGCAGGCGAUCACGGACAGGGACUUGGAGAACUUGGGGCUUCCUCUCGGACCUCGGAAGAAGGUCAUGGCGGCGAAGAAGACGGCGUUCCGCGGGUUUUAA